CUGCAGUUGUGGCUGCCCCUCCCUGUCAUUGGCUCGUUUCGCGGCACGCGUGGGGUCUGCAAGUCGUUGAACAUUUUUUGCCUGUCUAGGUAAACUUUGAGACUUAUCUGAAGACUUCCAAUCCUCAGCUUUCUUCCCGACAACUCAAUCGACAGGAAGUUCACAUCACCGCCAAGAUGGUUAAGAAGAGAAAGAACAACGGCCGCAACAAGAAGGGCCGCGGCCACACCAAGCCCAUCCGAUGCUCCAACUGCUCGCGAUGCACCCCCAAGGAUAAGGCUAUCAAGAGAUUCACCAUCCGCAACAUGGUCGAGUCUGCUGCCAUCCGUGAUAUCUCGGAUGCCUCCGUCUUCCAGGAGUACACUGUUCCCAAGAUGUACCUCAAGCUGCAGUACUGCGUCUCUUGUGCCAUUCACGGCAAGAUCGUUCGUGUCCGAUCAAGAGAGGGUCGUCGCAACCGUGCCCCUCCUCCGCGUGUGAGGUACAACAAGGAUGGCAAGAAGGUUCUCCCUACCACCCAGGCCGCCAAGGUGGCUUAAACGCCGUCUGUGGUGUAUUUGUGUUCUUUCGGAAAAGCGAACAUCUGGUCCUCGGGAAUGGGUUUACUUACAUGACGACGGUUUUACGGCAUGAUAUCAUUAGUAAUGACAUACAUGAAUCGAGUCAUUCUGCCAUGACAAGCAUUUCAACUGUCUUUCUGUCAAGUACUUUAUGUGUGAUUGUGCUUCUUGAAAUGGUUUCCCUGCGACGUGCUGGUUCGCCGUGUCUCCUGUUAUAAUUCAUUGAACGUAAAAUUCCCAUGGAGUAUUUCAUAUUGCAUGAGCUCAAAGUUUAUGUGGCCAUCUUGAGUGUACGACAAACUAAAGUGGAUCGUGUAAAUGCUGAACUUAGAAACACAGCGAGAAUUCGCCUCGUCCCUCCGUGAAGGAGCGCGAGCCGCCCUGAAGGACCUGCUCUAGAGAGAUACAACCCCUCCAUGAUGUAUUCGAAUCGUAAC